AGCUCGUGAGAGACCGAGCGUGCGAAGCACCCCCGUCGUAAACCUGGACCGAGUGUACGCGAGCCUCGGAGGAUCGUGCCGGGAUCUUCUGGCAUGCGAUCAGAAGCAUGCAGCAGAAGCCACUGAGAGAAGUGGGGCACUUGUGCCUCAAUCCUGGGGGAUCGUCGAGCAACGUCGCCGAGGUCUGCAACGAGACGCGGGGACUUCCCCUUCUUCAGGUAUGGCCAAGCGAUUCGCCCAGAGCCGAUGCCGACGGACAGGCCCAGGCGUUCGUAUUCCCAGACGUGCAGGAAAGUGUCCACGACAGCGGCAUCGAAUCCAUUCAGGCAUCGCCGUCGCCUUGCGGUGCUACCUGCAACAGCCCGGCGAUGACGCCGCAGCAGUCGCGCCGCGCCAGUUUGCUGCAUCCGGAUCACGCGCGGCUGCAGCUUCCCUAUCUGCAUCACAACCACCAUAACGCGGGACUGAAGAGUCCGCCGUCGCCGGACAGAACGUCCGUGGACGAGGACCAGGAGGAUCGGCCCGCGCCGCUUAGUCCUUCCAGCUCGACCACCAGCAGCCUGCGAUCGAUGCCGAGCUCGGCGAUCGUGUCGAUGCACUCCCAGGACAGAAGACGCAGCAGCAGAUACAGCAUGUUUGACGCGUUGGAUCUGGAGUACGCCCUGCUGAGGGCCGCGGCUCGCGGAUCCGUGGGCCCGUACUCCCUGUCGGAGUCCCUUCACAAACUGACCUUCACCCAGAGCCUGGCCUUCCCGGCGCUGGCUCGCGGUCUCGCCGCGAAGCAGAGCGUGCCGAGCGGCAGAUCUCAGCAGCCUACCGAGAGCGGGAUGAACGUGUUCGCCAAGGUGGUGACUGCCAUGGUGCUGAUGCUGGUGAGCGUGCUGGUGUUCGGCGUGGUCUACAAGUUCGCCAAGACGUGAGGCUGGCUGCUGGCGCCCGGCCGGUAUCCUGGCGCGACUCAGGAUAACAGCCGGCUGGGUGCCAGCGACGCGUUCAGCGACAACGUCUGAUCGGGCCUGAGGAAGGGUCUGAUAUCACGAAGAGAAGAAAAUCAGGGAAGCGUCGAAGAGAAAAAAAAAGUCGGAUGUUGGAUGCGACACCUUUGAGAAAUUGCGCUCGAAGAGUGUUCGUUCGAAUUUCUCAAGAGAAUGGCGUGUUGACGAGAAGCGAACGGAACGACGUCCCGUCACGUGAUGUCGAUUUACGCGACUUAUUCCAAAUAUCGCGCGCGCUUGAAGCGCGAAGAAUAUACUACGUCUUUUAUACUACCGUCUUACUGUCCCUGUUGUGUAACGCUAUGUGUAUUAAAUAUUUAAAAUAAAAAUUUAUAUGGAGAGGAUACAAGAAAAGAAUGACGCGAGAACGGAAAUAGAGCGAUGAUGUCAUUGUGACGCACGAUUUGCGUAGGAUUGAAAGAAAGUGCGUGCACGUGUUUUUUCAAUUUCGAGAACAAAUAUAACGCCGGGUCUCGAGAAAAACGAAAGUCUGUUGCGAGAAAGUAAAGUCGUUUAAUUUAACCAAAAUCACUGUGUGUGUGUGUGUUCAUGUGUGUGUGUGUGUGUGUGUGUGUGUGUGUGUAUAGACGUUUGCUACGAAUCCAAUCGGUCUGCUUCUCGAAAAACGACAAAAUUGCGAAAAAAAAAACUAUGCUACUCUCUCGCGGGAUGAGAUACCGACGGUGGACACUCCGUCCCCCCGAUAAGUGCUCCGCAAACGAAACUAACGCGAACUUUGUUACAUUGUCUCGCCGACGGAAAAAAAAAAAAAAAAAAAA